CGCAGUGCCCGGAUGUGAAUGGAUUACAAUGUAUCUUUCAGGGAAACCUAUUAUUAUCAAUGUGACUCCACGGGGGAGUCAAUGGUGAUGAUGAGGAGGAGGAGGAGGAUGAUGAUGAUGAGACACCUCUAAACUUGGAACAAGUUUAAGACUUUAUAAGAGGAGAAGAAAAAAAAAAGCCACCAACAAGAUUUGUUUGAGGAAAGAUUCUAACUAUCCUGUAUUGAUAUAUUUUUUUUUUUUUAGAAACAAUAAGAAAAAGUUGUUGGAAUUUUUUUUUUUUUUAAUGGUUUCUUUUUUGGGGGAGGGGAUUUUGUUGCAGUUUGAUGGUGGAAAAUGCAAAAACCAGAGCCAGGUGCAUAAUCUUGUAUUCUGUGGAUAUCCCUGGAGCAGAACUGAGUACCAGUUAAAAUACUUUUUUGGGGGAUACACAUGUGAGAUACUAAGUACUUGCAGAAGAUUUUUUGUCUUUCUUUUUAAAGUCACUUUCCUUGGAAUAUUGUGAGCAUAUUUGUGGCCAUUUAAGAUGUUUUCACCUCCUGUGAGCAGUGGGAAAAAUGGACCAACUUCUUUGGCGAGUGGACAUUUCACUGGCUCAAAUGUAGAAGACAGAAGUAGCUCAGGGUCCUGGGGGAACGGAGGACAUCCAAGCCCGUCCAGGAACUAUGGAGAUGGGACUCCCUAUGACCACAUGACCAGCAGGGACCUUGGGUCACAUGACAAUCUCUCUCCACCUUUUGUCAAUUCCAGAAUACAAAGUAAAACAGAAAGGGGCUCAUACUCAUCUUAUGGGAGAGAAUCAAACUUACAGGGUUGCCACCAGAGUCUCCUUGGAGGUGACAUGGAUAUGGGCACCCCAGGAACCCUGUCGCCCACCAAACCUGGCUCCCAGUAUUACCAGUAUUCUAGCAAUAACCCCCGAAGGAGGCCUCUUCACAGUAGUGCUAUGGAGGUGCAGACAAAGAAAGUUCGAAAAGUUCCUCCAGGUUUGCCAUCUUCAGUUUAUGCUCCAUCAGCAAGCACUGCCGACUACAAUAGGGACUCGCCAGGCUACCCUUCCUCGAAACCAGCAGCCAGCACUUUCCCUAGCUCCUUCUUCAUGCAGGAUGGCCAUCACAGCAGUGACCCUUGGAGCUCCUCCAGUGGGAUGAAUCAGCCUGGCUACGGAGGAAUGUUGGGCAGUUCUUCUCAUAUUCCACAGUCUAGCAGCUACUGUAGCCUGCAUCCACACGAACGCUUGAGCUAUCCAUCACACUCCUCAGCAGACAUCAAUUCCAGUCUUCCUCCGAUGUCCACUUUCCACCGUAGUGGCACAAACCAUUACAGCACCUCUUCCUGUACACCUCCUGCCAACGGGACAGACAGUAUAAUGGCAAAUAGAGGAAGCGGGGCAGCAGGCAGCUCCCAGACUGGAGAUGCUCUGGGGAAAGCACUUGCUUCGAUCUAUUCUCCAGAUCACACUAACAACAGCUUUUCAUCAAACCCUUCAACUCCUGUUGGCUCUCCUCCUUCUCUCUCAGCAGGCACAGCUGUUUGGUCUAGAAACGGAGGACAGGCCUCAUCAUCUCCUAAUUAUGAAGGACCCUUACACUCUUUGCAAAGCCGAAUUGAAGAUCGCUUAGAAAGACUGGAUGAUGCUAUUCACGUUCUCCGGAAUCAUGCAGUGGGCCCAUCCACAGCUAUGCCGGGUGGUCAUGGGGACAUGCAUGGAAUCAUUGGACCUUCUCAUAAUGGAGCGAUGGGUGGUCUGGGCUCAGGGUAUGGAACCGGUCUUCUUUCAGCCAACAGACAUUCACUCAUGGUCGGGGCCCAUCGCGAAGACGGCGUGGCCCUGCGAGGCAGCCACUCCCUCGUGCCCAACCAGGUCCCGGUGCCACAGCUUCCCGUGCAGUCUGCGACGUCCCCUGACCUGAACCCACCCCAGGACCCUUACAGAGGCAUGCCACCGGGAUUGCAGGGCCAGAGCGUCUCCUCCGGCAGCUCUGAGAUCAAAUCCGACGACGAAGGCGAUGAGAACCUGCAAGACACGAAAUCUUCCGAGGACAAGAAGUUAGAUGACGACAAGAAGGAUAUCAAAUCGAUUACUAGCAAUAACGAUGACGAGGACCUGACCCCGGAGCAGAAGGCGGAGCGCGAGAAGGAGCGGAGGAUGGCCAACAACGCCCGCGAGCGCCUGCGCGUCCGCGACAUCAACGAGGCUUUCAAGGAGCUCGGCCGCAUGGUGCAGCUCCACCUCAAGAGUGACAAGCCCCAGACCAAGCUCCUGAUCCUCCACCAGGCCGUGGCCGUCAUCCUCAGCCUGGAGCAGCAAGUUCGAGAAAGGAAUCUGAAUCCGAAAGCCGCGUGUCUGAAAAGAAGGGAGGAAGAGAAGGUGUCCUCAGAGCCUCCCCCGCUCUCCUUGGCGGGCCCGCACCCUGGAAUGGGAGAUGCGUCAAACCACAUGGGACAGAUGUAAAAGGGUCCAAGCUGCCACAUUGCUUCAUUAAUACAAGAGACCACUUCCUUAACAGCUGUAUUAUCUUAAACCCACAUAAACACUUCUCCUUCACCCCUUUUUUUGUAAUAUAAGACAAGUCUGAGUAGUUAUGAAUCGCAGACGCAAGAGGUUUCAGCAUUCCCAAUUAUCAAAAAACCGAAAAACACAC